AUGGGCACCCCCGCGGCCACCGCCUCCAGCGUCGAGUUCCAGCCGCAGUGCGUCAGGAACCACCCCACCGCCGGAUGCCGCAGCAGCGCCACCUGCGGCGCCCACCCGCGCACCACCACGCCGUGCCCCGCCGCCGCGGCUCGUGCCUCGAACCCGUCGGGGACCACGGCGCCGCCCACGGCCCACACGAGCGGCACGGCGCUGCGCUCUAGCUCCUCGGCCAGCGCCGCCGCCACGGCGGGGUUCAGCACGCUGAGUUCGGCGAGCCCGGCGGCUGCUUUGGCGUCCGCCUCCCGAGCCCACGGGCCCACCGCCCGAGAUCGCUGA